UGCUUGAUACGUGUAUGCAUCCUUCUCCACGCUGGGCUGCCUUGAUGUCAGCUGAUCUAGGAGAUCACAACAGUCACAAAGAGGAAGUUCUGGCUCACUGCAGGGUGGGGCCGCGGGGGUGCUAUAGGCUUGGCCCUUACUCAAGGUUCAUUUUCCCUAGGAGUCUUGCCAGUUUCACUUUCCAGUUUCAGUUUCUCUUUCCUCAAGCCAACUGCGGGAGAAAGGAGGUAAAGGAACCAGGUAAUGCUUCCAUAUAUAGGUCUCCUUAGCAUCUCUCUGAGGCAGAGGAGGAAGAUUUCUGGAGAGCACAGUGGCCUGAGCUGCAGCCUUUCAGAACAGUUGAGAAGUGCCCCGUGAUCAUGAGUGAGACCACCAGAAACACCUUGGAGAGUUGUCUGCGGCAACUUAAAUGCCAUUUCACGUGGAACUUGGUGGAGGGAGGAAAGUCGUUGGAUGACUUUGAAGACGAGGUAUGUAACACGACGGAGUUCCAGAACAACGAAUUCAAAGCCACGGUGUUCAACAUACUGGCCUACAUAAAACACCGCAGAGGCCACGAUGAGGCCGCCCUGGGGUGCCUACAGAGGGCUGAGGAGCUGAUCCAGCGGGAGCACGCGGAGCAGGCAGACAUCAGGAGUCUGGUCACCUGGGGAAACUACGCCUGGGUCUACUACCACCUGGGCAGACCCGCAGACGCUCAGAUGUACGUGGACAAGGUGCGACGGGUAUGCGAGAAGUUCCGCAGCCCCUACAGAAUCGAGAGUCCUGAGAUGCACUGUGAGGAGGGGUGGGCCCGGUUACAGUGUGGAGGAAAGCACAACGAGAGGGCCAAGGUGUGCUUUGAGAAGGCUCUGGAAAGGAAUCCCCGGAACGCAGAAUUCAGCUCUGGCCUGGCCAUCGCGAGCUACCGUCUGGACACCUGGCCGCUGCCUCAGGAUCCCGUCGACCCUCUGAGGCGGGCCAUUCAGCUGAAUCCUGACAACCGGUAUGCGAAAGUGCUCUUGGCUCUGAAACUUCAGGGGAUGAAGGAAGAAGGUGAAGGAGAGAGGCUUGUGGAGGAAGCUUUGGAGGGGGCCCCGUGUGCAACCGACGUGCUCUGUGGAGCAGCGAAGCUGUUUAAAAGAAAAGGAGCGCUAGACAAAGCUAUCGAACUGCUUCUAAAGGCUCUAGAAGGCAUGCCCAACAAUGCCUACCUGCAUUACUACGCUGGGUGCUGCUACAGGGCAAAAGUCCUCGAUAUCCUACAGGACACAGGAAAGAAUGGCGUGUCCUGGAGAAGAGAAAAGUUACAGGAAGCCAUUGAGCAAGCUGUGUAUCAUUUGAAGAGAGUGGAGGAGGCCGGCGCAAACCACCCCUGUGUCUGCUCCUAUCUGGCCUGCCUCUAUGCACAAGCAGGUCAGUACGACGAAGCAGAGUGCUACUUCCAAAAGGAAUUCUGCAAAGAGCUUUCUCCCGUAGCCAAACAAGUCCUCCACCUGCGCUAUGGCAACUUCCAGCUCUACCAGCUGAAGAGCGAGGACAGAGCCAUCCACCAUUUCAUACAGGGUGUGAAAAUAAAGCAUGACUCAAAGGAGACAGAAAAGAUGAAAAAUAAGCUGCAAAAAAUUGCCAGUGUCAGGCUUUCUAAAAACGGGGCGGAUUCUGUCGCUUUGCACCUCUUGGAGUUUCUUCAGGAGCUGGGUACAGAGAUGCGGCCAGCAGAGGAAAAGUCUGAGAGGCAUUUGGAUUCUGGAAGCUUCCUCCCUUCAGCAUCUUCCCCUGAGGAAUGAGGAAUCAGGAUAUGGUGCCCGUGGGAUGGUGACGGGGAGGGAAGCAGAAACCCCUCCACCAAGUAGUUCGUGUUCAAGAUACUUCUCAACUGGUAUGGCGUAGGCCUGGACCGAGCCACUGGCCACCAGUCUGGACCAGGUUUACAGAGGAACCCACUGCGUAGAGUGUUUACACAUGGAUCACUCAGGCUGUUCUGAGACAGGGACUAGAUUGGAGUAGGGGGGGUGGCCCUGGGACUUGGUAAGAGGGCUAGUUCCGAAUUGACCUCCUGGGAGCACUAUGCAUUGUGACAUUCCCUUAGUCAUCCUCCCUGGGUGAUGCUUUGGGUUUUUCUUUAUGUUUAUAUAAAGCAGCCAGAUUCCUCACAUCUGUAACACUGUGGUCCAUUUUUUGUAAUGUUUUUCCACCCUUAGAUCCUAUACGGUUUGGCCCUGCAUAGACACCAAAGUGCUGUUUCCAUUCAAAGGCUGGGGCACCAAAGCCUACGUAGGGCUGUGUGUCUCUUCUCCCCCACUUCUGCCUCCUUCCCCCAGACAGUCUUCCAUCUAGACUGUCCUAUACAACCUGAGUUCAACUGUCCCAUUAACUGAAUUGGGAACGUAGUUUGAAGAAAAGAGAGCAGAGAACAGGUUGAAUUUAGAAGGAACACACCCAGGACAAGCCAUGGGAUCAGGCAAUCACAGUACAAGGGUUUUGGGAGGCACGUGGGGAGGUUUCGCCUCCAUUCCACCCUCCCC